AUGUUCAGUUGCCAGUUCUGGCACACCCAUGCGCAAACUGCAGCUUUUGUCUUGGGUGUUCAUCCAGAACCACCAAAUGUCGACAAAGAUGAGGUCAGCAGCAUGUGCACGAUUUGGCAUUUUUACGAGGGGAUGGAUGAAGAGCUGUUUACCACACAAUGGGACAAUGUCCAACUCAAAAAAAUCGAGUUCAGAGUUCCUCUCCAUACCACAGAUAGAGAUAAAUGGACCACAUAUGUGGGCCAGUCUUACUCCGAGUCAGAUUGCCACCUCGAUAUAUUUGACGCCAUCAAGGCUACAAUAGAUGUACCAAAGGAGUUUCAGCACUUAGGCUGGCACCUGUCUACUGCCCACCGCAUGGACCCACCUCAUCGGCUUUUGAGGUCACUUGAUAUUGAUAGUGCUUUCAAGCCAUGA